GGCACCGAGUCGACUGGCAAGACUGCGGGCACCGAGUCAACUGGCGGAACAGCGGGCACCGAGUCGACUGGCGGAACAGCGGGCACCGAGUCGUCUGGCAAGACAGUGGGCUCCGAGUCAACAGGCACGACAGUGGGCACCGGGUCAUCAGGUAUCGGAUUGUCUGGCUCAACAGCGGGCAUCGGGUCACCAGGUAUGACAGCGGGCACUGGGUCACCAGGCAUCAGGUCAUUUGGCUUGCCAGCGGGCACCGCAUCAUCUGGCAAGGCAGUGGGCACCGGGUCACCAGGUAUGACAGCGGGCUCUGAGUCAAUUGGCACAACAGCGGGCACUGGGUCAGGUACCGGAUCAUCUGGAUCAACAGCGGGCAUCGAGUCAACUGGCCUAAUAGGAUCGUCGGGCUGGAUCAGUUCAUCAUGCUGAGUAGCGGCAUCAGGCUGAAUGCAGGCAUCAGGCUGAGUAGAGGCUUCAGGCUGAGUAGAGGCUUCAGGCUGAGUAGAGGCUUCAGGCUGAAGAGAGGCAUCAGGCUGAAGAGAGGCAUCAGGGCAUCAGGCUGAGUAGAGGCUUCAGGCUGAGUCACGGAAGGCAGGUUCACCAGUUUGGAUACUGGCA